AUGUCUCAAAGGCCCAAAAUCUCAGGAUACAUCCGCAUUAUCCCUGUCCCAGAAGCUACCCGCAGUUGCUUCUUUAACCCUAAGCAUGCCGCUCUUUAUGAAGUCCGAAAGGAGUCUACUUCACAAUUGACGAUUCCGUUUAUUGCUCAAGGAGUUACACGCCCGAGCUCCGCCUCGAUACUGUCAUAUCAUGGAGGAGGAGGAAGGGGCAGAGCAGCUAGGGAAGCGGGCCCCAUAAGCUUUGGGGAGGGAAGAUCCCUAUUAAGCUGUCAAGCCAUUGUGGGACCGGACGAAACCAACGAUUGGCUUUACGGGGAGGUACUGGACUGGUAUCUGGAUCUUCUAUGCCACGGAGAGGAUCUACAUAUUCUUGCGUUUGCUGGUACCGACGUGGGGCACCUUUCCGGCCCCCUGCCGGAACCUAUUUCCUUCUUCUUCUGCAGCAUGAGCAGCCUUGAGCAGUGCUUUAUUGCUCGCUUACUGCAUAGGCUCAAGGCCAGAAGUCCUGGUGCAAUCUUCACCUUAUCAUGCCAAGUACUUGGCUAUCGUGAGAACAACAGUGUCGUGUGCCUCAUGCCCCAACAAUAUAUAACCCCUGAUGCUCUGCUGAAUACAUAUUGCAGCCUGCUCAUAGACGUAGGUCGAACCAUGCCCACUAUCUCUACCUUCAAUAUAACCAUUUCAGACGAAUCUGGAUCCUUUAUAGUGACAUCCACGUUGAAAUUGGGCAUAAUUCCCUUUGUCGGCGGAGCUUCUGGGUCCACUGCCAUACCAGUGCUUGAGGAAGCUAUUCCGGGAAGGGGUCACUUUCCAAGAACCACUCCAGGGGUAGGCUCUCAGCAGUUUAUAGAGACAACAUCCAUCAACCAUCUUUCUCCAUCUGGAAGCAGUGGAAAAUCUGUAAUCACCCAAUCCUGUGGCCCGACGUUGGCGCAUAGGAUCAAGGAAGGAAAGUGUAGCAGAGCAGAGAGGCUAGGAGACAUCCAAGUCUUGGGUUGUCAUGGAGUCCAAUCAGAGCGAAGCGCUGUAGAGGUGCCCUCUUCCAUAAUACAUCCAUCCGCAAACAACGAAAGCAUAAUGACACAGAUCUCCGCAGCAUUCGCAGCUCUAUGCAAUAGAGAACUUCCCCUCUUGAAAUGUCCUUUUCUCUUGGAUCUAAAGGAUACGUUUACAGGGAGGGUCUGUACAUGCGUCAUCGGAUUCGUGUUUCAGAGUGCUGGACGAGAUCGUUGGACUCGUAAAAUACUUAGCACUGUUAACAAGGUAUCGCUUGUGGCCAGAAAUAAUAAUUGGGCCGGGCCAACCACUGCACAGAAGACGGUGACAAUUGAUGCAGAUGAACUUCAAAUGAUCAGGCGAGCAGCUGAUAGAGCUCACCUACUGGAGGCCGAAUUGAAUAGUCUCAAGCACGAAUCUAAGCGGUUUAUCACUGCGUCCGCUCUUGAUAUGGCUGUUUUGAGGACAAAGGCAGAGGCUUUAGCGUCUCAAGAAGCUAUUCUAAAGACAGAGAGAGCAUAUCUGGCACAGAAAAGCAAGCUACUGAUUAACCAAAUGGAUAUCUAUCGCAGGUUAGAACAAAACGCUAUCAACCACUGUAGCUGUGGAACAGGAUGCAAUUCUCUUUCGCGGUGUACAUGCGAAUGUUCGAAACGGCGAGCUUGCAGUAGCAAAUCCUACUAA